AGCUGCGGGUGGUAAAACAUUUUUCUCUGCAGUAGAAGUAAAGAAGUUGGAUUAUCUUACUGCUGGAGUUGUGUGGAUAUCUAUGCUAUAGCCAUGGACCGGAGGCGUUUGUACGCUGUUUUGGUCUGUGCGAUGAUAUUCCUGUUUCUACCGGAGAGCUACGCAGAAAAUUACGAUGAGUUGGCGGUGGCGUUCUUCAACUGGCCUUUGGAUGAGCUGAAUGGCAACGGGACGGGUUUCUCCGGAGAGAAGGCGCAGUUGGGUCUGGAUCCGGAGCCUGUGGCAGCCCUCGUCUAUAACAUUCCUGAACCGGAGGAGACGGCCGGAAUCAAGGCGAUGACAUUUAAUGGCGAGACGUCAUGGGCGAAUCUCGGCUACUUCUCAAAAUCUUGCAUCAGCGACGUCAACCUCUGCAGUAACGGGUUCACCCUCUCCGUCCUGUACUUCGCCGAGAACAUCCCCACCGAGACGGGUUACCUGGUCUCCUCGGGGGGACAGUCACCCUCGUCCCGAGGAUUCUACUUCGGGUACAUCGGUGACAAGGAAGCCUACGAGGUCGGAGUGAUCAGUAAGGGGCAGAGGUGGUAUGUCAACUUCGAGUUGCAGACGAUGCAGUGGACAAACAUACUCUUCGCUUGGGGCAACAACACCGGUGUGGAGCUGUACAUAGACGGUGAGCUAGCGGCUCAUGCGGACCUGUCCCUCCCCAUCAUCCCGGACACUCUGCACGACGCCGACCCUGACUUUGACCCCGCCCCGAACCUGUUCCUGGGCAGGGCGAACCACCUGGACGACUACUACGGACAGGGCUACCUGUCAACACUCGUCUUCAUGGAGGAGGCUCUCACCAUUGAUAACAUCAAGAAGUUUAUCAAUGCAGAUCUGUAUUACAUCGACUGUGUUGAGGAGGACCCCGGGAGCCCACUCUACACCGUCUCUCCGUCCGUACCGCCCGCCGACCUGUCCCCGACCAACUGCCGAGAAGCCUGCGCCGCCGACUCCUACCCGCUCGCCGUUCUCAAAGACGCCUGCUUCUGCUCCUCCGACAUGUACCAAGAGGGCGAAACAACGUCCUACGACGUUACAACGUGCGGCAACGCCUGUAUCGGCGAGAAACCUGAGGGCGGUACUUGCGGAACGGAAACCGCCGCCGCACUGUUCUACACAACCGCCCUGCUGAAAGUCCACGACCUCCCCGAAGAACUCUCAGGCCUCUCCGGUAAAGUCAAGUUCUCGUCCACCGAGAUAGAAACGGACGAAACGAUCAUGCUAAACAUCUCCAACACAGCCGGGGCCGAUCUUACCUACUACGUAGACUUCAAGGAUGGGACGGAGCCAAAGCUGACGACAUCACCCCACGUGUAUCAUAAGUUCUCUACAGCGGGGAUGUACAAUGUAUCCAUCAUGGCUUGGAACGAUAUAACGUACCCGAAUGUCUACUACUUCGUGCCCACAGAAGUUGAAGACUUUGUCCUUCCUAUCCGUUCUUUAGAUAUCUACAUGCAGGGAAAGUUUACAGAACUGGGCGACACCACCACGUUUGAAAGAGAUAUGGCCACGGACGCCUCUGUUACAUGUGUUUGGGACUUUGGGGACCAGACGACAGAAGAGAUCUCAGAAGAUGGCGACUACCAGACAGAGUUUACACACACGUACUCACAAGUCGGUGUGUAUGCUGUCACGCUGACCUGCAGUUCUAAGAGAAACACCAUGGUGGCCGAAACUACGGCUCUAGUUGGACAAUCUCUUCGUAUUGAAGCCGUGAACAACAUGGUUGUCCCGUAUGGAGACACCGCCCAACUCACGUGGAGCAUAGUGCAAGGCGAAUGGAGGAGUGUCAAUACAGUAAGACUGGAUAACGUUAGCAUCACUGCUAUAACGGUCGACGAAGGCGGCCAAUCAGCGUCUGCAGAGAUGACCCAAUCAGAUUACUCCUGUCCCGGUACCCACGUGGCUGUGCUCGAAGUGACCAAUCCGGUGAGCAGUCUUGUUCACGUGAUCUUCAUCAACAUUGAGGACCGGAUCACAGGUUUUCAAGCAACAGCCGACAAAUACUACGCGACCCCGCUUGAGACUGUUACCUUCACCACAGGAAUCGCAACAGGCUCCAACGCAUUCUAUCUCUGGGAUUUCUACGAUACCAAAACUUUCGCCAGAAAAGUUCGCGGCCCGACGCCUAGCGGAGGUCACGAGGAAGUCAUGACCUACAACUUCUCGUCCCCGAAUGUUUACGACGUAAAAGUCGAGGUGGCCAACUUUGUGAGCUCGGAGAAAGAAACAUUGACCAUCAAGAUCGAAGAUAUCGUUGAAGGGUUGUACCUCGUAGCUAACAACGUGUCCAAUCCGAACGAUACAGUCACCUUCAUCGUUUCUCAAGAAUCUGGCUUCACCAAACCUACGGAUCCCGUCUUCAUCUUCGACUUCGACAACCAAGACAGCUCGGAAGAAUCCUUCGAACUGUCCGUCGACGAUCCUUACCGUAAAGAUUACGUAUUCGGCGUGUACGGUUUCUACGACGUCACUGUCAGAAUCAAGAAUCACGUCAGUGAGAUGGAACUGGCAACGAUCAUCAUGAUCGGCGACUAUCUCUUUGAUCUAGAGAUUCUGACGCCGAAGUAUCUUUACACCAGCGUCAGUGAGAACUUCACACUAGAGGCUACAGUACGAUGGGGUGCAGGCGUGGUGUUCUUAGUAGACUAUGGGGACGGUACAACAGACGACAACAGCUAUGAUCCGGUAAACGGUGGUGACAUCUAUCAAUUCUAUCACAUCUACCAACAAGAGGGCAAAUACAAAGUCAAAGUGACCGCCCAGAACCAUCUGAACUCCCUAGAGACUGAACUUGACCAAAGAGUCCACGUUAUGAACGCUGCAAGAGAGAUGACUUUGACAAGUUCAAAGCCAGACCCUCUUCCCCCGGGAAUCGUGACCUUCGCUGUUUCCUUACCAGAAGGGAUAGGCUCCCCCAGUAACAUGACUUGCGACUUUGACUUUGGCGAUGGCGAAUUUCUAACCAUAUACCCAGCAGUGGUCACUUCUAAUCGUAAUUUAACCAUACAGCACACCUAUAAGGGGCUAGGGAAAACCGAAGCAUCGGCCUUGUGUUGGAACGAUGUAAGUGAUCAGCAAAUAACCGCAGAAGUCCACAUGCAAGAGCCAGUAGGAGACAUUGACAUAACCAUAGUCACCCCCAUCCACUUAGAGUUCGGAGAGGAAGCUACUGUGGAGGUAGACCUAUCCGCUGGGACUGAAGUUACGAUGGAACUCGACAUGGGUGACGGGCAUGUUGAAACGUUCUACAUCGAAGGACCGGCGGCAGAAAUUACCACGACCGCGUUCACUCACAACUACCCCCGUAAGGGACUCUUCAACGUUACGGUAACGGUGUACAACCUGAUUUCGUGGCGACAGUUCAUGUAUGAAGAACCGAUAGUAGUUGAGCACCCUGUACGGGAUGUUAGAGUCUUCAGUAACGCGCCCGUGUAUUAUCCACCGGGUAACGUUACAUUCACUGUCAUGUAUGUAGGAGAUGACUUCCCACCUACUGACAUUCUCGUAGACUGGAUUUGGGGUGACGGCACGACAAAAACUUCUGGUCCAGUAUCCAUAGACGACACAUACCGAUACGACGAAGUAUACCAGUACGGUCCGAAAAACUUUGGUGAAAUCGUCACUCACGCUCAAGUACGAAAUUUCAUCAGCGCUCAGAACUUCACAGUUGUGUCCUGGAUGUCGGAAGCUAUUUCUGGUCUGGCUAUCUCGAUGGUUUCUGUGGUGGAUGACAGUCAGACUCAGGACGGUUUCGGACCGAAUCAGGACUACUUUCCGAUCCAGUUCCCCAUACGCUUCACGGCGUCCGUCGAGACGGGGCAGGUAGUUUCCUGGUUGUGGAACUUCGGAGACGGGUCAAAGUUGGAAACCCCUGGCCCCGUGGCGGAGCACAAGUACGCAUCUGAUGGAUCGUAUUACGUCACGGUUCGGGCAAAGAAUCCGAACGAAAACGUGACCGAGUUUCUAAAUAAAGCAAUCAUCGUACAGGAGCCGAUGAGAUUCACCUCUCUCGGAACGUCGGGAUCGCGGGUUCGCCCCGGGAGGAUGAACGACACCAUAACGUUCAUGUUGAAGACUGAGCAUCUCGGGACGCAUGCGUGCUACGUCUGGGACAACGGUGAUGGAACAGUGGAAGUGUACGGAGACCCCCUAGCGGGAUGCGCCGAUAUCCCAGCGUACCGCGACUACCCUUUCCACGCGAUCAACCCUUCCAAAGACAAGUACAUCAACCACACGCAUACCUACCUAGACCUCGGACUAUUCAAUAUCAAAAUCAACGGUUCAAAUGCGGUGUCAUCAAUAGUCCUAGAAGACCGGAUUCACAUACUCAACGUUGAUUGCGACUACCCAAUUGUAGAGAUGCAAGGCGACGGAAAAACAUUCAAUACAAGAAGAGUUCACACUAGAUCGUCAAAGGUCCCCCUCAUGGCAAUCGUGAGUCUAAACUGCGAUGCCGGAAACGCUGCCCAGUUCAACUGGCAAGCGCUCAAACUAAAAGAGGGGACAGGAUUCAACGGUAGACCUCAAGAAUGGGAGAUAUAUGACAUGAAGUUUAAGAGGAAAGCUGACGUCUUAUUCAAAGCACGUACAUUCGAGUACGGCUUUUACAAACUUACAUUGGAGGUAGAGAUUGAUCCAGAGGUGGUGGGAACGGAAGGGAUAGCCAAUGAGGACUUCCGUUACUUUGAGAUCAUCAAGUCUGACCUGAAGGCGGGUAUCAAGGGUGGCAUCAGCAAAGCCGUGGACAAUGACACCUUACUUCUUCUUGACGCAAGCUCGCUGACCUAUGACCCGGAUGUAGAGAAAUGGGACAAGACCGGCAUGGAAUAUUUUUGGUAUUGCCGUCUUCCAUUCGAGAUCCUGCCAGAGGACCCAGAUAGCCCCACCGAGGGUGGUUGCUAUGAUACCGGCUACGCACCGUUCAACAGCAGCACGGACUACUACUACCUCAACACCUCCGACUUCUCCCCGGGAGAGACUUACGUCACCAGGAUUGUCGCUAAGAAAGACGACCGCAUGGCGAUGUUUGAACAGACGUUAGAAGUGCUGCCCCCUGUCGUCCCACAGAUGGAAGUCAGGUGUGUGGACAACUGUUGGAAGAAGGUGAACCCCCGGGGAGUCUUGAAACUGCAGGCGGUCUGCACCAGCUGCCGCCGGGGGAACCGGCUCACGUACACCUGGAAACUCUUCAAGGUCAAUCACACUAUACCGGAGAAGGCUCCGCUGUUAGAGGAGGUCCCCAACUUGGGCAACCUGUCACUAACAGGUGCAAGUACGUCGUCGCUCGCCAUCCGACCGGACGUCCUGGAACAGGGCGCCACCUACCGAGUCCGAGUCAAAGCGUACGCCAACAACCCGGAAACGCCCGGAUUCUCGGAGGGUGAAUAUGUCGUCAACUACGUCCCGUAUGGCGGGAAAUGUCAAAUGAGUCCUAAAGUCGGUCACGCCUAUGACACCAUGUUUAUUGUGGAGUGUACCGGCUGGAAGGACGAAGGGGACUUAGAACAGAGAGUGCCACCAGGCGUCGAGCCACCAAAGGUCACCCUCAAGUACAAGUUUAACUCCAUCAUCAUGGGCGACACGAACUUGAUCUACUUCGGGAACAUCCCGUUCACCAUGCCGGUACAGAUCGCCAUGGGGGACUGCGAGCGGGACUUCGCCGCCGACAUCCUGGUGCAAGUCUUCGACGCUUACGAGGCGUACGCAGACUACUGGUUGACCGUCAAGGUAAAACCUCCCAAACUGCCGUGCGGAGUGAACAGUUAUGAGGAGCUGUUCCUGAAAGUGACUGACGGACCGAACAGUGAGCUGGCGAGGAUGAUGGCGGAAACUAAGAGCAAGGAGACCGCCUCUCUCAUGGAGUCUCUCACAUCGGUCAUGAACUCUAAAUGUCCAAUAGAACCCCAACUAGACCCGGAAUGUGGCAUUCCGACGGUUCCUCCAGACGAGAACAUCAGGAAGGAGCACAGGAAAAGGAUUCGGAAGAUCAUGGCGUCUAACGUCGGUACGAUAGGCGGCGUGGCAGAAGCGCCCGAGGACAUCCUACAGGCCGCCAGCGCCACACGGACCAUCUCAGGAGCACCCGACGAGCUGGAACGGGGAACACAAGAGGGAUCAAUAGAUUCUCUGUCCGGAAUGACGGGGCAGUUUGACGGCAUGGGCGAAGAGGUCGACGAAGUAAUGGUUAAUGCGGUGGCAGGCGACCUCGUAGGCUCAUUGGGCAGCGUGAUGAAGGCAUCAGAGACAUCUGACGUGAAGGAGAUGUUUGACAACCUCAGCAAGCCGCCCCCGCCCGACGUGCCCCCGCCGGACCAGAGUGUCGAGGAGUACCUCUUCUACGAGGAGAUGAAGAGGAGGAAGAAAUACUUAAGACAACUGGCCGAACGACCAUCGGCCAAGAAAGUUGCCAACACUGGUAUGGGCGCUGCUAGCACAGCCGCAAAGUCUGUUUCAGGGAAGAAACUGAUCGGUGAAGCCCCUACGGUCAUCGAGUCAGAUCAACUUAACAUAGCUGUGGUCAGCGAUAAUAUUGAAGAUUCCGGCAACAAGUCACUUGAUAUUGGAGGUGGCAGCUUCGCCCUACCUAGUGCAGGAGACAUGUUCGGCAACGAUACAGAAAUGGACAGUAUGAACACAGUGGUAAUGUCCAACCCCACCAACCCCUUUACCUUUGACGACUCAGCCAAGGCUGUGACGUCACCUGUUGUCACCAUGAACUUCAUGUCGUCGAAUGGCAGCAACGUGGGGGUCAAGGGUAUCUCAACAAACAUCAGCAUCACCAUUGAGAACCGGAUGUCAGGUGGAUCAGGUGAACCUAAGAACAUCACCUGGUGGAAAUCCAACCCAAAUGACACCUACGUCAUGAAAGCAAAGGUUCCAAACGAAGGCAACGCUCUUAUCUUCGGACUGGUACCGAAUCAGCCCGACCUUGACUUUGACGUGUACGUCCGGUUCGCCAAACCUCCGACCCGUGAGGACUAUGACUUCGUGGCGCAGGUGCCCGGUCUGACGGAGGAGGAGCUGUUCGAUGUGGGAGGCCACGGCGUGCCGGACACCUUCCUGGUCUUCGUACCGAACUACAUCGUGGCGGAACCUGGAUUCUACUAUUUCGCUAUUGAUGCUUUAAGUGAGGAAGUAACUGUGGAGGAAAAUGACCCGGAAAACGGCAACAAGGGAGUAACAGAGGAAGUGACGUUAGUGGAACAAGGCAACAUGACUGUAGAAUUCAAAUGGAUAGUUUUCUCUCCCGGAUGUAAAUACUGGGACGAGGAGGAGGAGAAAUGGUCCAACGAAGGCUGCUCGGUUUCCGCGCUGACCACGUCCAAGUUCACCAUAUGCGACUGUAACCAUCUGACGUCGUUCGGGUCAGAAAUGGUGGUGGCCCCGAACACCAUCGACUUCUCCAACGUGUUCGCCAAGUUCGCGAACCUGUCCGACAACGCCGCCGUGUUCUCCGUGGUCGUGUCCAUCCUCAUCUUAUACGUCAUGCUGCUCGUCUACACCAGGCGCAUGGACAAGAAUGACAUCAUCAAGUGGGGUACACUACCUCUGGUUGAUAACGCCAAGAACGACCGUUACUUUUACAAACUGGACAUCUACACGGGCAUGCGCCCCGGCGCGGGAACCAAGUCUCGCGUGAACUUCAUCCUCUCGGGAGAAGAGGGAGACUCGGGCGUGCGCUUUGUGGACGACGGGAAGAGAGAGUUGCUCCGCCGUGGAAACAUCGACCACGUGCUGUUAGGAGUUCCCAAGUCUCUGGGAUACCUGACGUUCCUCCGGGUGUGGCACGACAACUCCGGGAAGGGGAAGUACCAGAGCUGGUACUGUAACAAGGUGGUUAUCCAGGAUAUACAGACGGGAGAGAGGUUUUACUUCCUGUGCGACCGCUGGCUCGCCGUGGAGGAAGACGACGGCCUGACAGACCGCAUCCUUCCCGUGGCCGGCAACGAGAACAUCAUCGGCUUCAACCACCUCUUCUUCUCCAGCUCCAAGCGGAACCUGUCUGACGGACACCUGUGGAUCUCCGUGGCCUCCCGCCCCACCCGGAGUAGCUUCACCCGCACACAGCGCCUCACCUGCUGCGUGGCGCUGCUCUUCCUCACCAUGAUAGCAAACGCCAUGUUCUACAAGAAGAGCGAGGUUGAAGACCCAGGAGAGUUUUCCCUCGGUCCCAUCACCUUAUCGCUCACUAACAUCAUCAUCAGUAUAGAGAGUACCUUAGUGGUUCUCCCCGCUAGCAUGGCUCUGGUCACCUUCUUCAAAAAGGCCAAGUACAAACAAACACCUGAGGAGAAGGAGGCAGAGGCAAAAGCAAAACAGAAAGAGGAAGAAAAGAAGAAGAAGGAAGAAGAGGAGAAAGAAAAGGAAUUCGACGACAUCGGCAAAGAGCUCGAACCUGAAGAGAAGGAAGCCAUGAAGCUGAAGGAAGCAGAGGCGCUGGAAGAGGGCAAAGAACCGACAGCUGAGGAGGUUGUUGGCAUACUGAACACCCCCAAGCCUAGCCCUGAGCAGACCCUGCCCUGGUGGAUCAUCUAUGUCGGCUGGGUAUUAGCCUUCUUCUCCAUCCUGGGGCCUGCGUUCUUCGUCAUCCUGUACAGCCUGCAGUGGGGCAAGGCAAAGGCUGAGGGUUGGCUGUCCUGUAUGAUGCUGUCAAUCUUCCAGUCAACACUCGUCGUGCAACCAAUCAAGAUCGUUGCCAUUGCCAUGCUGGUAGCUAUCAUCUUCAAGAAGCCCACCGAAGAAGAAGACGACUCCCUUCCUGAGGAGUAUAAACUCGGGCAGGACGAGGAGUGGAUAGAUAGCGAAGAAAACGGCGAGGGACUGGCAGAACACCGUGCAAAAGCGCCCCCACCGAUGAUCACGGAAGAGCAGCUGAGGGAGAUCAAGGAGACCCGACGGAAGGAGAUCAUGAUGUGGGCCAUCAUCAAAGAGUUUCUGGCCUACACUUUCUUCCUAUGCGUGCUGUUACUGUUGGCCAAUGAACAUCGAGAUAAGCAAGCUUUCGGGAUGCACACAUCGCUGCAAAACGAGUUCGUUGAUAGCUUCACGAGCAAGGUGAGCAGUGUGUCCAACUUCUGGAAGUGGGCAAAGGGAAGUCUCAUCCCUGCACUGUACCAAACCGGCGAGUACAACGGCGACAAGAUCGUCUUCCACAACCGGAAGUUUAUAUCCGACCUCAACUCCUACAGAAUCGGUCCUGCUCGCUUCAGACAACUCCGAGUACAAACAGAAAGAUGCCAGACGACCAGGAUCGGCAUAGAAGAGUGUUACGACUCAUACUCCUUCAGUGAAGCGGAGAAGGGGGUGUUCAAGCCCAACUGGGUGGCGGUGAAUGAGAGUGAAGACUACGUACCGUGGGACCUGUGGUUCGUGUACCAGACAUCAGGGGAGACCAAGGGUGUGCCCAUCAUCGCAGAGAAGUCGACAUACGGGGCGGGAGGAUACGUCGUGGAGCUCGGAGUCAACAACCCUACUGGCUUGAUGGUCUUGGAUCAACUGUUCAAGGAAACUUGGAUUGAUCACAACACUAGAGCGGUGGUAACGGAGUUCAGUGUCUACAACGCCAACAUCAACUUGUUCGGUUGUGUCAUCCUCACUGCAGAGUUUCCACCAACCGGCGCAGCCAGUACCUACGCCCAAGUCAAGAUAUUCCGACUUUACAGCUACGUGGGCUCUCUGGCUAUCAUCAUCAUAACCGCUCAGGUCCUCUGGGUGGUAUUCAUCAUCUACUUCACCUUCAGAGAGAUCGGCAAGAUCCGGAAGGAGAGGAAGGAGUACUUCAAGAGUUUCUGGAACUGGGUGGAGAUCGUCAUCAUCCUGAUGUCUUUCGUCUCCCUGGCCAUGUACGCCUAUAGGGUCAUGGGAGCAGGGGCCGCCAUGGAAGCCUUCCAACAAAACCCACGCAAAUUUGUGAGUUUCCAGCGCCUUGCGACUAUGGACGAGAUGUACGUUUACGUCAUGUCUACUUUGACGUAUGUGGGGGUGUUCAAGUUUAUGCGACUGAUGAGGUUCAACAAACGUGUGUGUAUACUGUUGGCCAUCAUCAAGAACUCCAUCCCCGCCCUCGGCCUCUUCACCGUCAUGUUUACCAUCUGUAUGACGGCGUUUGCCCUGUCCGGUCUGGUCAUCUUCGGACAAAACAUGCCGGGCUUUAAGAAUCUCCUCAGUACAUAUGAAGGUCUACUCGCCAUGGUGCUCGGUGAUCUGAAUUUUGAGGACAUGCGCAACACCCACACCAUCCUGGGCCCCGUGUACUUCUGCGUCUUCGUCAACCUCAUGAUCAUGUUGGUCAUGAACAUGUUUGUCAGUAUCCUAGACGAAACCUACGGUGCUGUGAUGGAGGAUGAGAGUCAGCACGGUUCUAAAGAAGACGAGGAGAUGGUGGAGUUUAUGUGGAUGAGAUUCAAGAGGUUUACCGGGAUAGGAGGACGGCCCAAACCACCCGAACCCAACUUUGAAGACGGAAUUCCAUUUAAUGGGAUCCGUGUGACGAACGCCUCCGACAAGUUCGUGUACCGGGGCAUGGUUGAUAACUACUACGACGAGCAGGACGAGGGCAUCUACGAAGACGAUGACGUCGAUGACAUCAUCGCCAAAUGGGAGAUGGAAAAUUUCAGUGGCAAGAAGAAGAAGAACCUGGAUGAUGACUUCAUUCUCUCGAAACCGAACAAGGCGACUGCCGAAGCGGCCAGCCCGUCCAAGUCCGCCCCAGGACCGAAGGUGAUCCCUGGCGCUCCGGUCAAGAACACCACGAGAACGUACGACUGGAAGCUGCCCGAAGGUGAAGAGACAGACGGCGAAGAUGAAGAAGCAAAGGAGAAAGUGAAAGACAAGAAGGACAAGAAACCUAAAGAGGAAGAACAGCCUGCGGUGGCGCCCGAAGAAAUUGAAGUGGAGGAAGAAGACAUGGACGAGGAUGAGGAAGUCAGCCUGUUCUCCAAGUACUAUUAAUAACCCUACAUCACUUCACAUAUCCAUGAUUAAUAAAUAUUCUUCAAUUGCAUGCAUUACCGGUAUAAUAUACAUAGCAUAAUUUAAGCCAUAUCUACUUGGCGUGUAUGUAUAUGUAACUAUAUGUAUAUACACUGUACAAUACCAUAGAUUAAGCAACUACACUUAACAGGCUAUAUUUGUACAAAGACAAGACCACAAUUGACGGUCUGACGCAUGUAUGUAAUUGUUUGAUCACACCAAGUACAGUUGAUAAGGUAGCACAAAAUGAGAAUCUAAAUAUAGCUCUGGUAAUAGCCCUGGGCAUAGAUAUAAAUGUAUUUAAAACGAGCCCAACCUAUAGAUGUUCUGCUAUUUUUGUACCAAAGACUUAGUAUCUACGUCAUGAUAACUGUCAUUUGGGAACGGGUACUUUAAAAGUUACACACAUUCUUCAGAAGAUGCAUUUGUGUCACCCCCCCCCCCCCCAAUCUUAUGGAAAAAUUAUAGCAAUUCAUACAUUCUAUAAAUGUUGCCUUGAAAAAUUUACCGUAUACGUGUACCGAACGCAGUACUUUUGAUACAAUAUUAUCAAGUGACUUGGAAUUCUAAGAAACGUCUAUCCCAGAUGUCUAUAAAUGCCUAUGAAGAUCUAUAUAAUUAUAAAUAUACCUUCUCGUGUCUUAGUGAGUCUCAAUAAUUGUCUGAAAUAACAAAUGGUACAUUAAAUGCGACGUUAGCAUUGUCCACAACGUGCAAUAUGUGCAAUUAUGUUAUGGUGAAUACCAAAGUCUGUAGUUCUUAACCUUGCCCAAGCUGCUGUAUCACAUAUGUGUACUUACCAUAUUGAAAAUAAUAAAUAUUUGCACACAUUA